CCAGUCCAUAUGCCUCCAGAAGCCUCGGCACCUGUGAGGACGCCCUGGACAGCCUGAAAGCCAGGCCCAGAAAGAGCGUUCAGCAGUGAGGACUACCAAAAUCCCUUCAGAGGAAGAGGUCAGCACAGACAGAUGUGGGAGUCCCCCAUGAAGUCCCAGGACAAGCAGCUCCUGCCAAAGCUGCCUCCAAAAGAGUCCUUGCCCAAGGACUCUGGCCUCAAGGCAGUUCCCAGCACACAUACUCUUUAUGUGGGCCACCUGAACCCCCAGUUCUCUGUGCCCGUGCUUGCCUGCCUGCUACGAGACACCCUAGAGCGGCUGGAGCUGCCAGUGGCCCGUGAGCACAUUGAAGUAGUGAGGCGGCCACGAAACACUUAUGCACUGGUACAGGUGGCUGCCCCCAAGGCUGCCCUGGCCUCCCUCCCCUGGCGUCUGCAGGUGGCCAUGGAGGAGCAGCUAAUCCUCAAAGAGCUCACAGCCCGUGGCAAGGAACUGGUGUUGAGUGAAGGCUUGGAGUCCUUAAACCACAGGGAGGAGGACAGCGGCCCAAGCCCAAGUCCCAGCCCUGGCCCCAGCCCUGGCCCCAGCCCAGGCUUAAGGCGCCCACAGCGGCCCCAGCUGCCAGACCCUUCCCCUAACUGGUGCUGGGCUGGGCGUCGACAGAUUUCUCAGAACCGACCCAGUGGCGUACGCUCUGAUAGUGCCAUUGUGCACCAGGAGAUCUUGGGCCAGGAGCAGCUAUUCCAGGGUGCCUUCCUUGGCAGUGAGACACGGAAUGUGGAAUUUAAGCGAGGCAGCGGUGAGUACCUGAGCCUGGCUUUCAAGCACCAUGUACGGCGCUACGUGUGUGCCUUCCUCAACAGUGAGGGUGGCAGCCUGCUGGUAGGUGUCGAAGACAAUGGCCUGGUACAGGGCAUCCACUGCAGCCACCGUGAUGAGGACCGCACACGCCUGCUGGUGGACUCCAUCCUGCAAGGCUUCAAACCCCAGGUCUUCCCUGAUGCCUACACCCUCACCUUCAUCCCAGUCAUAAGCACUUCCACAGCCAACACCCCUCUCAAGGUACUCCGCCUGACCGUACACACCCCCAAGGCCCAAGGUGAGCCACAGCUCUAUGAGACAGACCAGGGGGAGGUAUUUCUACGGCGUGAUGGAAGCAUCCAGGGCCCACUGUCUGUUGGUGCCAUCCAGGACUGGUGCAGGCAGAAGUGGACGAUGGAGCUGGGCAAGCUGGAAGAGAAAGUGAAGGUGCUAACGGUGGAAAAGGAGCAGCUUCAGCAGCAGCUUCAGCAGCGGCGGUCCCUGUCCUGCAGCUGCUGCGUCCUGUGAAGUUAAGGAAGAUGGGGGCUAAGGCCUGGAAUAAAACAUACAUGGGCUACCACCUCUCUCCCUCAGCACUGCUCAUGCAGGUGCUGUGGCUUCACCUCCGAACAGGCUGAUGAUCAGCUCUUGGCACACCACCAAGGAACUCCGAUUUCGGAAAACUUGGCUAGUUAUUCUAGAAGAGGAGCAACUGUGUCUGGCUUCCUUUCCUUUCCAUAGCAAUGUCAGUUUCUCCCACUGAAGUACAUGCUGCAGGCCACGGAUAUGGUUUGUGUUCAGAACACAGGCAUGUGGUAGGUACCUAAUUCCCUAAUGAGACAAUCAAGGGUACUUUGAAGGUACUGACAAAUAACAUUUUAUAAGACAACGAAAGUAGUUAUCCACUCUCCCUUUCUUGAGGUUCUCAUUCAGAGUAGGCAUCAAAGAGAAAGGCACUGUAUCGACACGUGCACACACGAGUUUUGAAAUUUCAGCUCCCAUGCCCCACUCACCAGCUACUGGACACUCCCUGGACCACUCACCACUCAAAACCUGAUCUUUCCAUGCAGCAAACAGAAUACAAUCCCCACCAGGACUUACAAUGCUGCCAGGGACCAAACAUCAUCAGAAAUGUUUAAGACAUUUACCACACACUGGUGUUCACAGGGCUCCACAAAGAACACGCUCCUAAAAAGCCAGAACACAUUCUGUAUGGAUGCACAGCUCCCUAGGCCUGGAUG